AUGGGUGCUCACACCCUCGGCCGGGUCCACAACACCAUCAGCUUGCAUCAGUACACCUGGAAGACGCGCUCGGCCAUGCUUUUCAACAACGGCUACUUCCGCAAUCUGGCAAGCAAAGAAGAUUGGUAUUAUCCGACCGGAAGUUUCCCAAACGGGACAAAUCUCAGGACUACUUGUCGUGGCUUCGGGAAUUCCAGUGGUCACAGGCCACCCGCCAGAUGGAAGCCACAUGCCUUUGCGAAUUUGAAAAACGGCGGUCCAGUGCAAUGGCUUCAGGAAAAGAAGGUAUGCCCUUGCUUCGACACAGGCUUCACACGCCCGAAGGAAGGCUGCUGCAACGACGAGGACAUCUUCUCAUGCCAGGCAGGUUGUGAGAAGUACAGCAUCGUGGUAGGUAUGGAUGAGACGAUGCUCAACUCAGACAUGAGCCUGUACAUGGACUUCUCCACCAAAGAUGGCAUCCCAGGAGGUUGUCCAGGCCUUGAAAAUUUCAACACGGAGGCCUUCAAGUUGGAUUGGAGGCUUCGUACCCCCAGGGUUCCAAGUGGCGAUCCUACUGGAGACAGCUGGGAAUCGAGCCACUGCCCUUUCAACACCAUCGCAGAUCCACCCGGAAGUACUCCCAUGUAUCAAGUGGUGGAGGAGUAUGCUGACAGCAAUGAAAAGUUCUUCUCGGACUUCUUCCCUGUCCUGGAGAAGAUGCUGAUGAACGGCUACGACGCCUCCGAUCUCGUGGUUGCGCCUAUGGCAAGCCAUGAAUGCCCUUACCAAGACCCCCACGACUGGCACCGCUACUACUCGUGCUCCUGA